AUGACCGACGUCGUUAGGGGCAAGACCUCGCUCGACCAGCCCAUGGCUGUUGAUACACCGAAUGCGCCUGCGGCCUAUGAUGAGGCAAAGGUUGUGGAGGAUACUGAGAAGGAUGCCGCUGCUGUCCCCAGCUCCGCGAACAAGCCAAAACCUCGCUCGCUGUGGGUUGCGUGGCUUUACCUGUUCGACUGGUACCCGAGCCAUUACUCCAAGGAGGAACGCAGGCUUUUAUUCAAGCUUGAUUGCGUUCUGCUCCCGCUUUGCUGUCUUAUAUACUUCAUCAAGUGGCUUGACCAGGUCAACAUUAACAAUGCCUAUAACUCUGGUAUGAAGGAGGAGUUGGGCCUCUAUGGAAAUGAAUACUCUCUCUUCGGCACCUUUUAUAACAUCGGCUACAUGGUCUUCGAAAUCCCCUCGAUGAUGAUAAUGUCGCGCCCGAAAUUCUCCCGAUACUUCCUCCCCACAAUGGAAGUCUGCUGGUCCGUCCUGACCUUCGCCCAGAGCCGCCUCCGCAACAAGCACGACAUCUACGGCCUGCGCUUCCUCCUCGGCGUCCUCGAAACCCCCGUCUCCUCAGGAACAAUGUAUGUCCUCUCAUCGUGGUACCGCGGCGACGAGCUCUUCAAGCGCGCGGGAGUCUGGUUUGUGUCUAGCAACCUUGGUUCCUUCAUGGGCGGACAUCUCCAGGCUGCGGCGCAGGAGACGUUACAUGGUGUCCAUGGGAUGUCCGGGUGGAGAUGGCUGUUUAUUAUCGAUGGGUGCAUUAGUUUGCCCAUUGCUUUUAUCAGCUUCUUCAUGUUCCCGGGGUUGCCGUCCAGUCCGAAGGUGUGGUGGUUGACCGAUGCGAACCAUAAGCUGUGUGUUUCGCGCAUGCGCAAUGAGGGUGUGAGGGAGAGUCGGAAGAUUGGGAAGCGCAUGCUUAAGCGUGUCUUUACCCACUGGCAUUUCUACAUUGCCGUCUUUACUUACAUCUUCUUCCAAUGUACAUCCUACGUCGCCGGCCAGAUGAUCCUCUGGCUCAAAGAAGAAGCCGACCUGAACGGAACCUGGACCGUCUCGCAGAUCAACCAGAUUCCGACCGGUGUACAGGCCGUGUCCAUCUUCGCCGGUAUCCUCGCCACCUCGCUGGUCAUGGUGUAUCCAUUCUGGGCGGUCAUGUCGGUCGUUGCCUCGGUUUUGCUCUUCGGAAAUGUGUGUCUGCUUGUUUGGGAUAUCCCGGUCGGACUUAAGUUCACCGCGUACUACCUCCUCGGAUUCACAUCGUGCGUCACGCCGAUAUUAUUCCCGUGGGUGAACAUGGUGAUGAAAGAUGAUUCUGAAGCUAGAGCGUUUACAUCUGGUGCAAUGAUGACAUUCGGCUGGGUCUUCUUCAGCUUCUACCCGAUCACCGUCUUCCCCGUGGUCGAAGCGCCCAAAUGGCGCAAGGGAUACACUGUGAACACGGUCUUUGUCAUCUGCUGGUGGACGAUCUUCAUGUUUGGCCAGUAUCUCUGGCGGCGAGAUGUCAAGGCCGGCAAGUACAGUAGUGGCGAGUAUGCGGUCAAAAACGAGGAAGAGUCGGAGAAUGAUAAGAUUCGGGACGAGAAGGGUGAGCCUCUUGAGCAUGUCGAGUUCUCUGCUGGCGGGGAGGCGGGGAAGGAAGGGAGGGUUUGA